AUGAGACACGCUUGUAUGUUACCAUUUACCGAGAAGCAGAUAGUCACCACUGGUGAUUACUGUGAGACCUACAGCUCGAAAUUGCCAACGUCAAUCCUGGAACAAAUCCACUUCACCGACAAGCUCUCUAAAGAUGAGGUCGUCAUGGCGCCGUCUCUAUCGCAGUGCUCGUGGUUGAUGGGCUUCACCCAAUCGCUGGCACCCAAUCGAAUCCUCGAACUGGGUACCUUCACCGGAGUCAGCGCCCUCGCCUUCUAUGAGGCUACGAAGAAGAACCUGGCGGAAAUUGUGAGCAUGGAUAUGUCGGAGAAAUACCUCAAAUAUGCCGAGGAAGCAUUCCGUCGUCAUGGUGCUACUGAUCGCAUUAGUACCAUCCAAGGCCCCUGCCUUGAAACGCUUCCAACAUUGACAGGUCAAUUCGAUCUGAUCUACAUCGAUGCUGCAGAGGAGGAAUAUGAGGCCUACACUAGGUACAUUCUAGACAACAAACUGCUUUCUUCCCGGGGAGUGAUUCUGGUGGAUGAUGUCCUUUUGGAAGGCCUGGUCGUGGAUCAAUCAAUUGCGAAAAAUUUUCCCGAGGAGAUCCAAGAGCCUUAUUUAGCUAUUGCAGACAAGAUGAACGCAUUCAACAGCUAUGCGGCAUCUGAGCCCCGCGUGACCACAAUCAUGAUCCCAAUUUUCAAUGGAGUGACUCAGAUUAUGUGGAAGUGA